AUGAUUCCAGAGACAUUUUAUUUCACCCAGCACUCUAUUGGGAACGCCGUCGCUGCCUCCGCAGUAACAACGUUCGUCAUAUGGGUCCUUGCCCAAUUUCUGCAGAGGUGGAAUGUAUCCAAGCAGUCGAAAUCGUUGGCAGGACCCAAGGAUCAGAAACCAACGAGAAAAUAUGGAGAAUGGACGCCGUCUGACUUCAAACGACCUCCUGCAUCCCCAUACCCUAACUGGGAUGUCCACACCACGAAGCCGAUUCCCUACCGCCCAUUCAGAUAUGGACCCAAGUACUUUAUCACCAUGGGACUGCGAAGCCUGAAAUGGGACGAGUGGAUCGAGCUCGACAACCACUACCUCCGCUACCACGCAGACAAAGCUCGCCGGCUCAAAGAGCGCGGAGACAAAUGUUGCGCGACUGCCCCCGAAGCAUGGGAUGCCGCCAUCGAAUUUCUUGAGGAGCUAACCUCCUACCUCCCCGAACGCUACCCCAACAUGUUCCGCAAAACCCCAACAGGCCUAACAAACCUCCUCACAAACGAAACAAUCGACAUCAAGCAACGCCCCCUCCCCGAAGACCCCAUGGCUAUGGCCGCUCGCCUCGUGCAAGACGACCUCGCAAUCAUGAUCGAGAAGCCCGACGGCGAGUACUACCUCCUAGCAGGCGCCGUCCUCCUGGCCGGCUUCUGGCGCCUCAGCGACAAAUACGGCAUGCGGCUAUCGGAUAUCCACACAUCCGGCGACGUCCCAGGCUACAAAGAGAAGCUCGAAAAGGGCAUGAUGAAUUUCUUCCGCCGCCUUAAGCCCGAGGACCCCGUUGUCCGCAACAACUACUUCAUCCAGGUCGACGACGAUCUCGCCUGGAGCCAUAGUAUCGGGUCUGAAGAUGCGCCCGUGGUCUCAUGGAAUACGGCGCAGAAGGAUAAGGCUAUUGAGCACCAUUAUUUCCGCUCGGAGAGGCAGUCUGUGCGGCGGUUGCCGAAGACGGGGGCCGUCGCGUUUACGAUCAGGACGUAUUUCGAGCCGAUUACGAAGAUUGCUGAGGAGCCGUAUGUUCCUGGGAGGUUGGCCAGUGCGAUUCGGAGUUGGGGUGAUGAUGUUGCUAAGUACAAGGGGAAGGAAAAGUAUGGGGAUGUGCUGCUGGAGUAUUUGGAUCGGAAACAUAAGGAGCAGGUUGAGGCGGGGUUGGAGGUUGAGAAGGAGGAUGAGGUGAGGAGUUAUCCAUACUAG